AUGAAGAAGACAGCAGCUACUCGCGAUGCGGCGCUUAAUCGUGAAACCGGUUCUCCAGUUGAAGUAUUUUGUCGACUUCGUCCUCCACCGGAAGGUGAAUCUGAGACAUGUAUCAAAGUAUCAAGUGCCACUGAACUCGUACUUUUCUCUCCCGAAGGUUUAAGAAACGGUAUCAUCAAAGAAUCUCAUUAUGAAUUUAGCCAUAUUCUUACUGAUCGUGUAACACAACAAGCUGCUUUCAAAGAGUUAUGUUUACCGUUGAUUGAUGAUUUAAUUCAAGGCAAAAGCAGUGUGUUGUUUACAUAUGGUAUCACCGGUUCUGGAAAAACGUUUACAAUGAUGGGACCAUUGAAUAAUCCCGGUUUAAUUCCGCGCUCUUUUGAUGUCUUAUUCAACACAGUUGGAAAUUUACUUGGAAAAAAAUUCUUGUUACGUUCUGAUAGACAAAAUGGUUACGAAAUUUUAAGUGAAUAUGAUAUAAUAACAGAACGUUCACGAAAAGAAAUAUUUACAAAAAAUCAACGAAUUAAGCCUGACAUCAUUACUAGCCAACAACAGCAAGUUCAAAGGACAUUAGAUACCACACAAUUAUCAAAUUUUAAUCAAAACUGUUUAUAUUUUGUAUUUGUAACAUUUGUUGAAGUUUACAAUAAUUAUAUUUAUGAUUUGUUUGAUGAUGAUAUACUUAAUAAAGCACCACAAUCGAAACAAUUACGUGAAGAUGCUCGCGGACGUCCAUAUAUUAAAGAUGUGAAAGAAAUUGAAGUUCGAUCAUCAGAAGAAGCCAUUGAAUUACUCAACAUUGGCUUAAAGCGACGUCGUAUAGCACAUACACAAUUAAAUACAGAAUCAAGUCGAUCACAUAGUGUUUUAUCGUUACGUCUCGUACAAUUUCAAGCGGAUAUUCCUCCAACCUCAUUAACACGAGAAGAUUUAAUGGUUAGUCAAAUACACUUGGUUGAUUUAGCUGGUAGUGAACGUGUCAAUCGUGCAAAAACAGCUGGUGAUCGUGUCAAAGAAGCCGGUAAUAUUAAUUCAUCUCUGAUGGUCUUGCGUCAGUGUUUUGAAAUAUUACGAGAAAAUCAAGCCCAAGGAAUAAAUAAAAUGGUUCCUUAUCGUGAUGCAAAAUUAACAUCAUUUUUUAAAAGUUAUUUUGAUGGUGAAGGCAAAAUUCGUAUGAUAUUAUGUGUUAAUCCAGCUGUUGAUGGCUACGAAGAAAUACAACAUGCACUGAAAUUUGGCGAUUUAACGAAAGAUGUUAUUGUUCCACGAGCACCAGCACCCAUCCCACUUCGAAAUCGAAAUAUACUCCGUGAAAUAGCUAAUAAUGGACCCGAUGCUGUUCCUAAUCAAUCACCAUCACCCAUGGUUUUUCAAGAGUUUCAUUCAACAGCACUUAUUGCUCCAUUUCCGCGACUUGAAUACUCGAUCGAAACAGACGAAGAUCCCAUUAAUAAUUUGCAAGAUCAUUUAACAAAACGAAUCGAAGAACGUCGUCGUUUAACUAUUAUCCAUGAACAAGAAGAAUAUUUACGAAAGUAUAUCUUAGAAUUAUCAAUGGAAUAUGAUCAAUGUUUGAUUGAACAUGAUGAAUUGAGAAAAGAAAAUGAACAACAAUCUAAAACAAUUAAACAUUUACAGACACGUAUCAAAUUACUUGAAAAAUCACAAAAUGAUUAUGUUAAAACAAAUAGUAAUUAUGAGAGAGAUAUUAGAACAUUGAAAAGUCAGAUGGAAGAAAAAAUGAAUGAAAUUAAACAGUUGAAAGCUGAUCGACGAAAAGAUAAAAACGAUUUUGAAAAUAAAAUGCGUGUAAAAAUCAUGGAUGUUGAACAGCAACAUUUAAAUGAAUUACGAAAUAAAGAAUUGCAAAUGAAAGAAUUAGAACGACAACAUGAAGAUAAAUUAAAUAUUAUAAGAUCAAUGGCGAGCGGUAUGUGUGAUCAAACGACAUCAACAACUACUACUCGUAUAGCACAUGCUGAAUUUGCACAAAUUCAAACUAAUGUUCAAGUGUACGAUAUUGAAAAUAAUAAUCAUCCGACAGCAACUCAAUCACUUGAUAUGAUUGAUCGAAUACAACAAUAUAAUCGUGUUGAGAUGAUUUUACCCCGAAGUACGCCAAUUGAACAAAUUCCUAUUAUUCACAGCGAUUGUCAGGGUCCAGUUGUUGCACAUCCACGGCAACAACAUCGACGUUCGAGAUCUACUAAAACCCUUCUUCAACCGCAAUUCAGCAAGAAAUUAGGUGGACAACAACCUGAAAAAGAUGAUAUUGGUCGAACAACAAAAUACGUAUUGACACAUCAAAAUUUGGAUAGUAACGGUGAAGUUGUUACAGAUUUAGUUAAAGGUGAUGUACUACAUUCUGUUGGAGGUGGUGUCAACGUUAUUUUCAAUGAUAUUGAACGAUUGACAUGUCAAUCACCGCCAAAUCCGUUAGUAAUCAAAAAACGAGCCAAGAGCGCAGAACGCUUAUUACAAGAAACACGUACUCCAAAAUCUUCUUCACGUCAACCACCAGAGGUUCCACCAAAGCGAUUUCGUAUUUAA